AUGGAGGUCGCUGUCGGUGCGGCGAACUGGCUCCUUGGCAAGGUGCUCCGCAAGCUGUCCGAUGACCUGGUGGCUGGGUAUGUGGCCAGUCGUGAGCUCGGCCUCAACUACGACAAGAUCACGGACGAACUGAACCACACGCUCGGGCUGCUGCACGAGGCCCAGGGGCGGGACGUCGGCGACAACCCUGGCCUGCAGCGCCUGCUGGAUGGCCUCUGCAAGAAGGCAGACGAGGCAGAGGACGCUCUGGACGAACUCCACUACUUCAUGAUCCAAGACGAGCUCGACGGCACCCGGGAUGCCACCCCGGAGCUUGGCGAUGGCCACGGUGCUGAAGCUCUGCAUGCUCGCCAUGCUGCUCGCAACGCCGCCGGUAACUGGUUCUCGUGCUUCUGCUGUUGCAGUUCACAAGAUGGUGUUGCUGCUGCUGUUUCUAAUGACACACAUAGUACAAGCAAGGGCGAGGCCAAGUCUGAUGACGGUUUUGCCGGUGGUCAAUGUGACAAGCUGCCAUUCGACCGAGUGGCCGUGUCCAACAAAAUCAAGCAGCUGUUAGAGGACAUGCACUCCAAAUGUUCUCUGAUCUCUGACUUGCUGAAGAUAAAGCAAGGCAUUAGCCUAGUUCCUGGAAGCAUGGCUAACUCCAUCCAACGCCCUGCAAUCGGGUCAACAAUUAGACAAGAUAAGUUGUAUGGAAGGAGCACUAUUUUUAAUGAAACCAUAAAAGGCAUGACAAGUGCCACUUGGCAUGAAACCCUGUCAGUUCUUCCUAUAGUUGGCCCUGGUGGUAUUGGAAAGACAACUUUCACCCAGCACCUUUACAAUGACAAAAGAACAGAAGAACACUUCACUGUUAGGGCCUGGGUAUGUGUGUCAACUAGUUUUGAUGUGCUUAAGCUCAGCAAAGAAAUCUUGGACUGCCUACCUGCAACUGAAAAUGAAGGUGGCAAUGAAACAAAUAACUUAGACCAGCUUCAGAAAUCCAUUGCAAAGAGAUUGAGAUCAAAAAGGUUUUUAAUUGUCUUAGAUGAUAUAUGGCAAUGCAGUGAGGAUAAGUGGGCAAAUCUCUUAGCUCCAUUCAAAAUGAGAGAAGCUGGAGCAGGUAGCAUGAUUAUUGUUACAACUCGGUUUCCAUAUAUAGCACAAAUGGUGAAGACAACUACUCUAGUGAACCUGGAAGGUUUGGAGCCUGCUGAUUUCUGGAAUUUCUUUCAAGCAUGUGUAUUUGGUGAAGUAUCAGCUGUGCAUGAUAAAGAACAACUUAUUGAAGUUGCAAGACAAAUAUCAGAUAAAUUGAAGUGUUCCCCACUGGCAGCCAAAACAGUUGGUCGGUUAUUGAAGAAGAGAUUUUCACGAGAACAUUGGGUGCAGAUUCUUGAGAACAAGGAGUGGCUAAACCAAACCCAUGACGAUGAUAUUAUGCCUGCUCUGAAAAUUAGCUAUGACUACCUUCCCUUCCAUCUAAAGAAAUGUUUCUCAUAUUGUGCCCUCUACCCUGAGGAUUAUAAGUUUGAAAGCUUAGAGAUUGGUCGUUUUUGGAUUUCAAUUGGCAUCACAGACUCUGGUGGUCAGAAUGAUAAAAUUGAGGACAUUGGAUCAAAAUAUUUGGAUGAACUAUUUGACUAUGGUUUUCUGAUGAAAGGAUAUGGCAAUUAUUAUGUAAUACAUGAUUUGCUGCACGAGCUUGCACAGAUGGUUUCUUCAAAAGAAUGUGCCCACAUCAGUUGUUCUAGUUUUAGAGCAGAGAACAUCCCAUCGUCUAUUCGCCACCUAUCCAUCUUGAUGCAAGAUAAAUAUAUUGAAAAUUUUGGUGGAGAAAUGGAUAAAUUGAGGAGAAGGAUAGACAUUGGAAAUCUGCGGAGUUUGAUGAUUUUUGGAGAAUACAGAAGGGCAAGCUUGGUUAAUAUUUUGAAAGAUACAUUUAAGGAAAUAAAGGACCUUCGUGUUCUGUUUAUAUUCAUGUACUCCCUAGAUUCUUUGCCACACAACUUCUCAAAGCUCAUCCACCUUCGGUACCUAAAACUGAAAUCACCUUAUUACUCAGAAGUGUGUUUGCCUAGCACAGUGUCCAGGUUUUAUCACUUGAAAUUCUUGGACCUUCAAUACUGGGGAAGUAGUUGUGAUUUUCCUAAAGGCAUUAGCCGCCUUGUGAAUUUGUGUCAUUUCCUUUCCAAUGUUGAAUUCCAUUCCAGUAUUCCUGAGGUUGGAAAAAUGAAGUUAUUACAAGAGUUGAGAAGAUUCCAUGUUAAGAAAGAGAGUGUUGGAUUUGAAUUGCGAGAGUUGGGUCAGUUGGAAAAGAUUGGAGGGGGACUCGAUAUAUACGGGCUUGAAAACGUGAGAACCAGGGAAGAAGCUAAUGAAGCCAAAUCGACAGCAAAAAGAAAUCUAACUGAGUUGGCUUUAGUUUGGAGUGCCGAGCAACCAUUCGUGGAAGAUGGUAUUCUUGAUGGUCUUGAGCCGCACUGCAAUCUUGGAGCACUUAGCAUUGUAAAUCAUGGUGGUACCACUGGUCCCACUUGGUUGUGUAGCAAUACCCACUUGAAAAACUUGGAGACCCUGCAUCUGGAGGGUGUAUCUUGGUCUGCUCUUCCUCCUUUUGGGCUGAUGCAUCAUCUGGGAACACUCAAGCUGAAAAACAUUGUUGGGAUACGCCAGUUUGGACCGGACUUCAUUGGUGGCAUCACAGAAAAAAGUUUCACACAGUUGAAGGAGGUUGAGUUUGUUGACAUGCCAGAACUUGUCGAGUGGAUUGGAGGAGGUAACACACAUCUAUUCUCAAGGCUUGAAACAGUCGAGUGCACUAAUUGUCCCAAGCUCAUUGCACUACCGUUCUCAGGAUUACCUAAUCUGUGUGAUCUUUACACUAAAGCAUGCCCGGAGUUGUGCCUGCCUCCUCUGCCUCACACUUCCAAGUUAUCUUGGUUCCGAACAGACUACUUGUAUUAUCGCAGUAGUCAUUUGUCAAUUAAAGAUAUGCCGUGUGAAUUGGCCCUCCACAAUCUUGGUGAAAAAAUCAUUGGCAAGUUUGUUCAAAUGUUUCCCAUCUCUUUCUGUUUUGCAUGUAACAGCAGCGCAGAUGAGGAUCAUGAUGAGGAGGAAGUGUUGUUGCAGUUUCCACCAUCAUUGGCAAGCUCGCUCAGAAAUGUAAAGCUGCAUGGGUGUCAUAAUCUAACUCUACCUGUGGAGGAUGGAGGUGGAUUCCAGGGCCUCUUGUGGCUCGAAUCAGUUUGGAUACAUAAUUGUGGCAAGCUGUUCUCGGGGUGGUCCACGGGAGUAGCAGAUUGCAGCAGCAUUAACCCUUUCCCUCCUUGUGUCAAGGAACUGCGGCUUUGGAAUGAAACUAGCAGCACUCUGUCAAUGGCUCUGCUCUCAAAUCUGACAUCUCUUACCUAUCUUGAACUAGGAAACUGGAAUAAUAUCACAGUGGGUGGGUUCAAUCCUCUCAUCACUUCCAACCUCGACCAUCUGACGGUUUUGACUUGGAAACAAGAUGGUGAAACUGAGCCCUAUUCUGUUGCAGUGGAUCUACUCGCAGAGGUGUCAAGGACAAAAACAAUGCCCGCAGGUUCCUUCCAACUGGUGAGCCUUGAUGUGGACAGCAUCUCCGGGGUGCUUGUUGCUCCAAUCUGCACCCGCCUCUCCGCUACCCUCCGGACGUUAUGUUUCAGCUUUGAUUGGCGGGCGGAGAGCUUCACGGAAGAGCAGGAGCAGGCGCUUCAGCUCCUCACCUCCCUCCAAUACCUGUUUAUUGGUGGUUGCAGGGUUCUGCAGUCACUCCCUCAAGUCUUGCAUCGCCUCCCUUCUCUAGAGUCUUUACAGAUCUCUGGUUCGUAUAGAAUCAGGUCACUGCCCAAGGAGGGCUUCCCUGAGUCACUGCAACGCCUAAGUAUAUCUGAUUGCUGCCCAGAGCUUUACGAGGAAUGCCAGAAAUUAAGAGGAACACGGCCAGAUAUAGCGGUAUAUGCCAAACUACCAGCCGGCACCACCGCUUGUUCAACUACGGCUCUUUUCUGCGGCAAUUACUCAUUUAUUGUGCUUCUGCAUAUUGGUUUCACAAAUUCAACCCUUCCCUUGACGGCUUUAAACCAAUCUGCAGCUUGGAAUUGCAUCCUACUCUGCACCAAGGUGAAGCUAGUAGAGGACAGCCGGCGUUGUGGCGCUAGCAUAGGACAGUCGCAAGGUGGGAAAACUGAAGAGCGCUGA